AUGGACGUCAUCAACGUCCGGCCCCCGUCCCGCGCGCCCGAGGCCGACAGGCCAGGGAAGCGAACGCUUCGAAAAGGCACGAGAAGCUGUUGGGAGUGCAAGCGGCGCAAGGUCCGUUGCGUUCCAUGCUCCGAGGAAGGGGAUGCGUGUCUUGGGUGCAAGCGCCGGGGUGCUCAUUGUGUCAGCCAAGAUGGCCCAGUCCCGGACGAAUUCCCCCGACCAGCCGAUAAACACGCAGAAAUGGCAGAGCGCAUGGAGAGAGUCGAGGGACUGCUAGGGCGGCUCGUCCAGAACGUUUCUGUUUUGCGUCGUAGUCCUGCCGCGGCCCAUUCAAGUUUGGACAUGGCCGGUUCUACGGCCUGUUCAUCUUUGCAGGUCACGCCACCGGUUCGUCUCGCGUCACGGGCCUCUUGUGGAAAUCGCGGUGUACGUGCAACUCACAGUUCGGAGCCAGCUUUCCAGACGACAGACUGUCAUCCCCCGACUCCCGUCCCCGAUGCCUCUUACACGCCCAGGCUUGGACAGAUAUCAGCUCUUCUCUACGCAGCGCUCCCCUCGGCCGAGGAUUGCCGCAUCGUUUGUCAGCACCGCAAAGGCUUCGCAGUCUUCUUGCAUCAGAUGCUAAUUCGGCCACAUUCUGAGCUGACCCGCGAGGACUAUGAGCCGGCCGCAAACCUAGCAACCUUGCCCGCGCCCAGCGCUCAUCCCGUUCUUCUUGCUCGCCAUAUGCUCAUGCUUGCCGCGUCUCUUCAACAUGUCCACUCCGACUUCCAGGAUCCAGCCUGCAGGCUCUCAGAGUCUCCGUCCGCUAUGAUGGAACGACUGUUCAACACCGCCUCCAGUCUCGUUACUGCCAAUGACCAUCUUAUGCUCUCUGUGGAAGGAAUAGAGUGUCUGUUGCUGGAGGGCUCAUUCCAGGCAAAUAGUGGCAACUUGAGGCGAGCAUGGCUGACCUUCCGCCGUGCCGUGGCAUUUUCCCAACUGAUAGGGCUGAACGCCAAUGCUCAGACCCCAACCACGCUCGAUCCUGCCACCACGGCGAUGCCACAAUUCAUCUGGUUCCGCAUUAUAAGCAUGGAUCGGUACCUAUGUCUGAUGCUCGGCCUGCCUCAGAGCUCCCCCGACGAUAGCUUUGCAAGCGAGUCGGCUCUGGCCAGCGAUACUCCCAUGGGACGUCUCGAGCGGAUGCAUUGUGUAAUAGCUUCUCGCAUUCUCGACCGCAACCAGCGAGGCCUAACCACGUCCCACGACGUGACCACAACACGAGAAAUCGACCUCGACAUCCAACGGUUGGCACAAUCCAUGCCGCCCCGGUGGUGGCUGCCCCCAAACUUGGCCAACCUCGCAAGCUGCGAAUGUCGCGACGUCUUCUCGGAGACGCUCCGACUCAUCAACCAGCUGCUGCACUACGGCCUGUUGAACCAAUUACAUCUACCAUACAUGCUUCGCGCCUCGCUGGAUCCCAAGUACGUCUACAACAGGGUCACCUCGGUCACCUCCAGCCGUGAGAUGCUGACCCGCUUCAUUGCCCUUCGCUCCUCCAACUUGCUUGCCUUGUGCUGUCAAUCUAUAGACUUCUUCACCCUCACGGCAGCCAUGACCCUCAUCUUGGCUCACAUUAACGCCAAUCAGCAUGACGGCCAUAGCUUCAUAGCUCAUCAGCGUUCCAGCGAUCUUGCCAUGGUGGAACAAGUUAUUGACAUUAUGCAACGCGUCACCGAGCUUAAUACCGAUCCCCUUCCCCACAAAGCAGCACACCUUUUGGCCCAACUGCUCGCAGUCGAAGGCCACGCUGCGGAGGGAUGUACGUAUAGCACACAGAGUGUCGAUGCAGCCGAGAGCGUUUCUCCGUCUCGGCUGAGUCUGACCGAGGGUAGCUUUGGCACAGAAGCUCCGCAUGCAUGCUUCAGUAAUGACACCUCCGUAUUGUACAUCCAUCUUCCACACUUCGGAACCAUCAAAAUAGCUCGCGAGGGGCGCAUCUCUAGGGAGCCAGCCAUUUCGGGCUGGCCGCAGGUCUCUACUGACCGUGACGACGAGCGGCAGCCGCAACACAGCAGCCCAAUAACGGAGGCGCCAUCAAACAGCAACUCGGCAAGAAUACUUGGCUCUGCCGAUGGCUCAGCUCUCGAUCCACUCGUUCAUAAUACAGUCGCUAUGGCACCGAACGCAACGGAUCCCCAGCCAACACAGCGUCACCAAUUUCACUCAUCCUUUUCAGGCACUGCCCAUGCACGCAUGCAACAGCAGCAUGCCGGACAAUCAAGCAUGGCUCUUGACACAAAUAAUUGGGUCUUGGAAGGCGUGAAUGUCUUCUUUGACAGUUUGUUGCAGGGAGCCGACGGAGGAGAUGCGGAUAUCAGAUAG